GAGAAAAGAAGAAAGAGGGAGGGAGAGGGAAAGGGUGGAAAAGAGAAAUCUGCGUCUUCGGGAAAUCGGUAGCUCUCCUUUCAUCGGGGUCGCUCGUCAACUUCGACGGCAUUCGACGAGAGCCGGCAUCGUUCUUCAACUUCGUGACGGUGCACGUGGCGCGUGCGGCACGCGGUGCUUCGAAAGAAAGACAGAUAGAUAGGUAGACGGAUAGGUGGGUAGGGUAGUAAGCACAAGCUAGAAAAGUCGCGAGAGAGAAGGGCGUGAGGACGACAGAGGGAGUGAGGGGAGAAAGAGAGAGAGAGAGAGAGAGAGACAGAGAGAGUGAGUGAGGCAGAGCAACAUAGAGGUGCAGGGGAGGAGAGAGGCGAAAAAGGGAGAGAGGUGGCAGAGAGACAGAAAUCUAGAGGGGGCGGGCGGGAGGAGAGGAGGGUAGAGAGGAAAAGAAACGGAGCACGAGGAGAGAGCAGCUACGCACCGGCGGGAAAGAGGAGUUGACGAAAGCGAAGCAAACGGAGUCUCCUCGUAUCUUCCUUCUGUUUCUUUCUUGUCAAUCUUAUCACGUAAAGAAGGACGGAGGAACCGACGGUCACGAGCGAGUCGGCGAGGAGGAAGCGGGACAUGCUGGAACCACGCUGGAGACCCGUCCAGGUCAGUGGUGUAUACUUCCCUGGCUUCUGAGACACAGUGACGUGGCUUGUUGAUGGACACAUUGGUGAAAAUCCGUUCGACAACGGUUCCUGGGGAAAGGAGCAUUUUCAGCCGUCGACAGUUCCCUGGCAGCUGAAUCCACGCGGCCACGGUCGUCCUAGUGACGAUGGCAUAAUGGAUCAUGACACAGACGGAGACGGCGCGAUCAACUUGUCAACGUCACAGCGACCCUCCGCCGCCACCACCCCUAAUGGUGAUACUCCCACUUACGGCCAAGAUCAACAAGACAGCGAUCAGGCUACUUCGCUGUUCGCAGCCCUGAAGCAACAGCAACAGCAGUCGCGCGACAGCGUGUUCUCGUCGCGGGAUCGCGAAUGCCGCGACAGGGAUCGCCUGCAAGCGACGCGCAAUCGUGAUUCCAGUAGAAGCAACAUUGCCGAAGCCGGCGGUGGCAGCGGCAUCGCUGAUCAGCAGCAGCAGCAGCAGCAGCAGCAGCAGCAGCAACAGCAGCAGCAACAGCAGCAGCAACAACAGCAGCAGCAGCAGGAGCUCAGCAUCGAGUACCAAAGCAAUGGGAAGCUCAGUCCCGCUGGACACGCAGUGACAGCAGCACCCAUGACCCAGCAAAAGCAGCCGAUCAUCACACAACAGUCGCAACAGCCCAGCUCGGGGGCACCAGGGCCCCAGCCUAGUCCACAUCAGAGUCCGCAGGCCCCGCAGAGGGGUUCGCCGCCGAAUCCUUCCCAGGGCCCGCUACCCGGAGGCCCGCCAGGGGCUCCUCCGUCGCAGACUCCCUCGCAGAUGAUGCUCAGCUCGGCAAGCGGCCUCCAUCAGAUGCAACAGCUGCUGCAACAACACAUACUCAGUCCCACGCAAUUGCAGUCUUUCAUGCAGCAGCACACGUUGUACCUGCAACAGCAGCAGCAGCAUCAUCAGGAUUCAUCCUCCGACCAUGCAUCCAGCCAGGAGCGGUUCGGCUACUUCUCCUCUUUGAAGAACCAUCAGCAUCAGCUCGCGGAGCUCAACAAGAAGCAACUGGAGCAGGCGAUGCAGCAGUUGCAGGAACAGUUGCAGCUGAAUUUAUUUCAGCAGACGCAUCUGCUGCAAACGGCGGACAAGAAGAAGGCCUCGGCACCUCUCCAACAGUUGGCGAUUCAGCAGCAACAGCUGAUACAGCAGUUGCAGAUUACGCAGAGGCAGUAUCUGCUGCAGCAAGGACUGGGCCUUCAAGGCCACAAUCCUUCAUCAGCAGGUUUGCCACCGGGUGAUAAUCUACCCACGUGGAAGUCAGAGCCGUCGGACACCCAGGAUUCCCACCAGAACUCCAACGUACCCAAGUCCAAUUCCGGAUUGAAUGGCCUUCUGAAUUCGAUAGCUUCGAGUCGGCGAUCCGAGGUGAACGGCACAACACCACUGGACGAGAAGCCGCUGGACGCCUCCUGCAACGACAAGGUUCACCCCCUCUAUGGCCAUGGGGUUUGCAAGUGGCCAGGCUGUGAAGUAAUUUGUGAAGACUAUCAAGCAUUCCUUAAACACUUAAAUACAGAGCAUACGUUGGAUGACCGAUCGACAGCGCAGGCCAGAGUCCAGAUGCAAGUGGUGUCGCAGCUGGAAAUUCAGUUGCAGAAGGAGCGAGACCGACUAGGCGCCAUGAUGCACCACCUGCAUAUGGCGAAACAAAUGGCUUCGCCGGAACCACCAAAGUCAUCCGAGUCAUCGACGGGCUCGAGUUUACCAAAGCUAAAUUUUUCUACCGCGCUGAUGAGUCAGCCACCACCUAACUUCGGGGUCUCUCAGGUGUCGCCGGUAUCCAUGUCCGCGCUGGUAUCCGCGGUGAGGUCGCCCGGGGGCGGUCAACUACCCCCGUCGGCCGGCGGUGCACCGAUGCCACCACUUCCGACCAUACCGAACAUGUCCGGUCUACCACCGAUGCCGAAUAUGCCCGGCAGCAUGCCAAGCAUGGCAGGUCCGAUCAGACGACGCAUCAGCGACAAGUCAGCUCUUUCCUUGGCAGGAGGACUGUAUGACGAGGGCACUGUAAGGCGCAGAGUAGCCGUCGAUAGAUCUGGAAUAGAUAUUAACGAAGGGCUGCCCUACAUGCUGGAGCGUGCUGGCCUUGACGUCCAACAAGAAAUUCAGCGAAAUAGGGAAUUCUACAAGAAUGCGGACGUCAGACCUCCGUUCACGUAUGCAUCUCUAAUUCGGCAGUCCAUCAUCGAAUCUCCUGAGAAGCAGCUGACGCUCAAUGAAAUUUACAACUGGUUCCAAAAUACAUUCUGCUACUUCCGGCGCAACGCAGCAACGUGGAAGAACGCGAUCCGCACCAAUCUAUCAUUGCACAAGUGUUUUGUGCGCUAUGAGGACGACUUCGGGUCAUUCUGGAUGGUGGACGACGCCGAGUUCGUAAAGCGGCGGCAUCUGUCCCGCGGCCGCCCCAGGAAAUAUGACCCAACCCCAUCACCCACUCCACCCCACCUCUCCGCACAGGGUGUCCCGUCGAAGAGUCCGACGCUAACGCACAGUCCCACUAUGUACGGCGACGCGUUGAAUGCCAACUUGCAGUAUUUCCAGGCGCUCGGGGAGUCUAACAUGGGAUUUUUGAACAAUCCGAUGUGCACGUCGACAGCGACAAGUCCCGAUAAGGAGCAUGUGUUACCUCAUAAUGACUUAAUGUCGCCGCUGGAUGAACCGGCCGUGCACAUAAAGCAAGAGAGCCAGAGUCCGGAAGGAGGGAAGCACGCGAGAUUAAUAAAGCGCGAGAUGCCGGACGGCCCCAUGGAGCAGGAGACGGAGGAGGAUCAGGCGGACGAGAGGGAAUACUCGGAGAGCCACGGCCACGACUCCGGCCAGGACGAGGACAUAGCGGAGGACCUGUCGAUGGCGCCCGACAUAAUGAUCCCGGAGGAUCAGGUCGAGGCGUAGUAUCGCUUCGCGGCCAGCCACUAAACGCCAAGAUGUAUACAAGGUGUACCGUUUGCUCGGUCACGCAAAGAGAGGAGCCCUCUACUACACGUAGGCCAGGUAGAGCAGAGACGAGAGAGAGAGAGGGAGAGAGAGAGAGAGAGAGAGAGAGAGAGAGAGAGAGAGAGAGAAAGAGCGGAGAGGAAGAAGAGGAGAGAAAGUCGAACGGAGACUUAAAGGUUAGACAGUCGAAGAGGACGACGAAGGCCCUCAGGACCACCCACCCCCUCCACUCCUCCUUCGUACGAAACCCCCUCAACACAUCAUAUCUGUGCCGCGACGCGCCAAUUGCGGCUUUAAGGUAACGAACAGAAGCAACCAAAUGAGUGAAAGAAAGAAAGAAAGAAAAGGGAAGAGAGGAAGGAAGGAAGGAUAAAAGGAAAGAUAAAAGGAAAAAAGGACACAAGUUGGUGAGAGACAAGCAAAACACCGGAGAAUGGUCUCAGCGUCUGGACGUUCGGCGCCGGAGGCGCCGGCGUCUCGGCGAUAUUCGGAAGCGAUCCUUCGAUCCAUAUCCUUACUCAAGCAAUUGCGAACAACGAUGUAUUUUAUUUUCCUUUCGAUCUUUCCGUUCUGGAGCCGCGGCUAUAUCUAUAGACAUAUACAUAAAUAUAUACAUAUACAUAUAUCUCUCUCUCUUGUGUACAUUGCAUUAGAAAUUAAUGUGACGACGGUGGGGCGUCGCGUGCGCGGCGCGCUCUGCGGUCAGCGCGCCCCCCUCGGGCGCCCCCUCGGGAAACGAGAAGAGUAUGUAGCCUUCGCUGGAGGAACCGACGCGGCUUCGUCAUCAUAUUCAUUCCGCGAUGAAUACACGCACACAAAUGAGAUCCGAAUGCGCCGGUGGAGCAUUCGAGGCUUUUUCGAAGCCCUCCUCACGUUGAGGUUAGGAGGUUAUCCGAUACCAACGUUCAACAACGUAUAAUUCUGCUUCAAUUGAAAUAUCACUUGUGCUCAGGCGAAAGUAACGAUCGCCGGACACGUGUCUCUGCAACCGGACGUGAAUUUGUUAUUAAUCUCGGAUGUUUCUAUUAUAAUAUUAACUGUUUAAUUUCGAUAAAUUUUUACCGGUUCACUUUUGCAGUGCGUGCGUUAUUACAAAAUUGCAUCAGUACGACCACAGAUUAGGCGGAUUUGAUUCAACAGUCGCCCCGACCAGUGUGUGUAAAAUCUUGUAAAAAAUCAAGCAGUCUUGCGCCGCUAGAUGUUCAGCCCAUUGGGACGUUUACCUUGCAAAACUUGUUACAAAAGCGAGAAAACUUUAAGAAGCACAUUGCAUCAACACGAUCGGUACCACAGUUUGUUAAUGAUAGUACUUUCAUGCUUCAUUUGCAUAAAUUGCAACAAAGCUGUUAUUCGGACUGCGAAUGAGUGGUUGAAGAACUCGUGGAAGAAUUUACGUAAAUUCGCGAAAAACGUGACAUGAUGAGUGCGGAUUUCGAUUGUCGAUAAAGAAUGCAAAUCGCCAGGGAGCAUCGCGCGGUUCCACCAGAGAGGCGAGUCGAACGGACAGUCCGGCGGGAUUGAAUCUAGGAAAUAAAUCGAUGAAGCCGUGAUGAUGGUGGUGGUGGUGGUGGUGGUGGUGGUGGUGGGUACGUACGGGAGCGACUGAGUUUAGACUUAAGGUUCGCCCGGCGAACGAAGAGCAAUGUGUUAUUCUCGCGAUUAAGCGGGCUUUACCCUUCGUAAGGGGGGCCCAGUAUCAGACAGUUAAACUAAGAAUCGCAUCCGUGACGAGACCGGAUGCGUCCCGGCGUACCCGUCCGCUACUGUUCGUAGCACUGUAUAGUCUGGCGAAGUUAUGGUCGUAAGUAGUUUCGUAUUCAUUAAACGAUUAUUAACGGUCGAACCGAGGCGGUCGAUAUUUGUAAAUGAGCGCUGCGGCACGAUGCGUGCGCGACGAUCCUUUAAAUUUCUUUCCAGUCGAGCGGGAGUCAGGAAUCCGCGUUGCAGGACGAUACGAUAGCAGACGAUACGAUAGCUGCGAGACCAUCGAAGAUACUCGAACGAAUGUUACGAGCGGAGAUAAGUGGGAAGAUCGCUAACGCGACGUUUUUAUACAUACAUGACUAUCAAACACGUAUAGACAAAAAGAAGAACACACAACACACACACAUACACACAUGCGCGCGCGCACGCGGCAGAUAGAAACGUUAUCGAGUUGCAAUUCUUCUUCUUCUUCUUCUUCUUCUUCUUCUUCUUCUCCUUUUUUUAUUCCUUUUUUUGGUCUUUUUCUUUUUUGUAUAAUAUUAGACUUCAUCCUCCUCACCCCUGAGGUAUAGGAUAGACUCAGUACCGUGGCGAAAUGGUGCUUUUCAAGUUCCAACGCAUUGAAAGCUAGUAUUUCAACGUUUUGGGCGAUUAACAUUAAAAAUUUCGAGUUGUUAGGUAUUACGCGUUCAAGAAGAUUAUAUUAUAGUUAAUAGCACUUCUCUCUCCUUCUGUGAUACGUGACGAGUAUAGUAAGACCACUAUAUUUAAUUAUAUAUACAUAUACAUAUAUAUAUAUAUAUAUAUAUGUAAUUAAGGGACAUAAUGCGUUACGAAUCGUUCUUGGUUGCUAAGUCUAUUGUAUAUCAAUGUUUCUCCAACGAGAUAGAUCACAGGCGACCACAUGCACCACGCUGUCGGAUUAUGCACCGAACGGAAUGUCGGAUAAGGCAAGAUAUCACGUUAAUGAUCUCCCUACUCUUCUCUGGCGAACGAAGUCUAUAAAUAAAUUAAAGUACUAUGUAUGCAUAUACACAUAUAUUAAUACGUAUACGUAUUGAAAUUAUAAGGAAUUAGAUGUCGAAUGCCCCUGCCGACAAACUCUCUCCCCAUCCCGCGUCCAGUCCUAGUCCUACUAUAUGCACACCAAUCGCGAAGCCAGUAGGUUUCUUCUAAAAAAAAUGCGUAGUCUCGGACUCCCGAAACUGAAGUAUGGGAAGCGCGCUCAUAUCGGUACGACGGAUUAAACUGUUUAAACUGUUCGAUACCUUGGUCCGCCGAUGACACGAACAGUUCCAAAUUUCUCGAGGCGUCUGUGUCUUUUCGUGCGUAUUUAAUGAUGAGCGUUCGUCGCGCGGGCUUGGAAAUUUGGAAGAACUUGUUUAGUUGCGCGUGUGUCUUUCCCGCACAGCGGUCGGUGGAGAUGAAAAACGAGGAGACGCGAUCAUCAUCAUCACGAUACAAAUACUGCGAGCUUUGCACCUCUCGAAACUGUCGAUGAUCGAGAAACGAGUUUAGAAACUGGGCUUGCAAAUCUAAUUUCAGCCUAUCUUUCCAUAGACGGUCUGUGCAAUGUCUCUCUCACCAAAGACGCGGGUUAUAAUCUUUUGGUAUACUGAUAUAACAGCUUCGAUUUGGCCACACGCACAGGUUGUUCCUUUGGCAUUCUUCAAGUAAUAAGGAAAUAUUCGUUUGUAUCUCAAGUGCNCAAUUGUUGCUGUUUUCAUCGAAUAACGGCGUCGUGUCGAUCGAGCAAAGCAUCGGCAAAUCAAAUGAUACUUUUGCUUGGAGGUUUCAAGCCAACCGCGGCGCGAGUUUAAUUAACGAAACGGCAUAUAUAUCUGCGUUGAAGUUUGACGAGAAUUUGUGCAGCCAUCGCUAGAUAAUUUAAACCACGAAACAGAUAUUCGCAUGCACUUGUCCCGAGCGUGAGAAGCCUGCGGGGUUAAGAAAUAAUUAAAUCACACGGAUAGGAAGACAGAGUUAGACAGGAAAACGUAACGAGUGAGAGAGAGAGAGAGAGAGAGAGAGAGAGAGAGAGAGAGAGAGUGUGUGUGUGUGUGCGCGUGUGGGCGCGUGUGCGUGUGCGUGUGCGUGCGCGAGUGUUGUGUACGUGAUAUGUGUAUGCGUGCGUGCGAGAGUGCCGUAAUCGUUCACUGAUGAAAUUUGCGGGGUUCAGUGCCGUUUGGGCUCGCUUUCGCGUAUGGUACUAUUAAUAAUCUAAGUCUAUAUGUAUUAUGUAUAAUGGAUUAAGGACUUGACAUAACAUAGAAGACUCCCCCUGUAAAUAAUUAAACUCAUCGAGGCAUUAGGGAUUUGCGCAUACGUCAUUCGCGAAACGGACGAAUCCGCCGAUAUCGCGGCUUGUGUGCAUGUUUGUGCAUGAAUGUAAUUGUGUAUGUGGAUGCACGCGCGUACGUUACCCGUGGUGGUGUCCCAUUCGUAUUUAAUUUCGACGCGGAAGUUCUCGCGGGAGAAUAACUCGACGGAAGAAGAGAGACGCUUUCUCGUUUUUGCCGGGUGAACGUUCGUCACGUCGCAGCGUAAGAAAGCCGGACCUGUCGACUGGAUGAUUAAUUAACAAUUGGUUAACACUGAUCGAUCGAGCGCCUCGUCGCUUGACGGAUUUCAGCGGGUUUGCGCGACACAUUGACUUCUCAGUCUUUUGUUUUCUUUCCUUUUCUAUCUUUCUUUCCUUCUUUAGUUUCCUCUUCUUUUUUUGUACGUAUUUGUAUUUGGGUGUACGCGACAGUGUUACAGUCAUUGAUGUUACGUUAUAAAUGUUUCCCUCUUGUUAUGUUUGUUGGAUCUAUGUGCGCGCGGGCGUUGCGAUCAAUCAAUGCACAUUCGAGUGAACAAUUGUUUCAUUAUUAUCGUGCUCACACGCACGAUACCGCAGGAAUUAUAGCUUUCAAUUGUAUCCUAUAGAACGUUGCAGAAUGCUCGAACGUAAUUGCCGAUAACGAAUUCGAUAAUCGAUCACGAUUCCUGAUGUAUAUUUACCUGUGAACGUUUUAUUAUUUUGCUCUAUAUAAAAAAAAAAAAAGGAAAGUGAUGGCGGUUAUGUGCAAUCAUAUCAGAUAGAUCGAAGCGUCCAACAUGAACAGUGCCAAAAAUCGACGCUAACGUUUAUUUAUUUAAUAAAAGAGAACCAGAUAGGGGCGGAUAGAACGAUCGUGCGGAUCCUGGAGGAAACUUGGACGAAUUUCUGUCAAAUUUUGUCAUUUUUCGUAUGAAACUGUUAGAAAGAAAAAAAGAACUCCAAUAAGGUGCGCCGAGAGAAUAAAUCUCUGACAGUUCAUCAUAUUUUGUGGAAUAAGCAUGUUAUUAUGUAUUGAUUAACGUCUGAAUAGCAAUUUCGAUAUACCGUAUAGCUGUGAUCGAAAUGGACAUGUUCAAGUAUCACAAAUUUUCAUCGCGUUCCAUUCAACAUUCUUACGAGCGUGUAUGCGACACAUCGUAACGAUUCUCAUCAAAUGAAGCAUUCCCUUGCAAGCAAAUCAAACAUGUUACAAAGAUGUUUAAAUAAAUACGGUUUUAACGUAAAGUAAUAUAUGUAUAAUCUGCCAGUCGAGCAACGUUAAUGAUAAUUUGUCUGCAUUACCUAGCUUCCUGUUUGCUUUUCUUUCUUAAUCACUGAUAAACCCGUAAGGAAAAAGAACAAGGGAGUUGUUAUCGCGAUUCGAGCUGUCGUGAAGGAACAAAAAGCAAAGGGUGACCGUAUAAUCGAUCGAAUAGGAGACCGCCGGCAUAAGUUGAAAAUCAUUCUCUUCUGAAACGUUUAUUGUCUGAAUUACUUUGUUAAGUAUUUGUACGAUAAGUUGCCUUGUAAAAAUGUACCGAUUUUACUAAGAAAUUAAAUAUGUUACUGAAAGAAAAACCGCACACGAUUUCUCUUCAACUGUUCUUAUCAACCUCCGUUCUAUGCGUCGAGAAUGGUAACUACGGAGCGUAGAAGUAGCUGAUUAAGUCAUAAUUGUAAGUACCGAUGAAUUAUAAUUUUCACCGUACUUUCUUUGUAUAAGACUGACAUCGUUUGUAUAAUGCUUGAUAAUCCUGUUAGACGUAUCGAGAUUUAUAUACGUAAAUUAAUGUAUCUAGGGAAUAUAUGUCUAGGUCGCAGGAACACACUUAUAUCAUACUGUAAAUAGAGAAUUUACGGAAUCGCAUUUUCUAGUUCGAGUUAAGCGUUAGUGUUAAGAUCUUAGAUAUGAUAGAAUUAUCUUGAAAGAAUAUAUACUUAAUAAAACUGCGACAUACAAAACACGAGAACUUUAAGCUCUUUAAGAAUUCUGUUCUCAAGUUCCCUGUUAACGCAUUUAAUAAAGGGAUCCUAAACACCUCUCGUAA